AAAAAAUAUUUGCAUAAAGCUCUUAAAGGUAGUCAUGAAGAUAUUGUUCUUGAAGAUGAUAAAGAAUAUAACCAAAUAGAUAUUAAACAGGCAGAGUUAGAUAAACUGACUAUAUAUCCAAAUAUUGAUAUUGAUAAUUACUAA